CCGCCCCCCGUCAUAUUGGUAUAAAUAGCGUUGCACUUCCGCUUGAACUUAUUUUGUUUCUAUCGUUGAAUCUAUUGCAAAGAUGAUGGCAGACGAUGAGUACGACUAUUUGUUCAAGCUCGUCCUGAUUGGAGAUUCAGGAGUAGGAAAGUCCAACCUUCUCUCUCGUUUUACGAGCAAUGAGUUCAAUUUGGAAUCAAAAAGUACCAUUGGUGUAGAAUUCGCCACGAAGAACAUUGUGAUUGAUGGCCACACCAUCAAAUGUCAGAUUUGGGAUACCAGCGGACAAGAGCGUUAUAGAGCUAUCACCGGAGCAUAUUAUCGUGGAGCUGUUGGAGCACUGUUGGUCUAUGAUAUCACCCGCCCAUCUUCCUUCCAGAACAUUGAUCACUGGCUAAAGGAACUCAAGGAUCACGCAGACGAAAACAUCGUGAUGAUGUUGGUUGGUAACAAAUCAGAUUUGGCGGAAUCUUCAAGAGGUGUACCUACAAACGAUGGUGGAGCGUUCGCAGAGGAUAACAAGAUGUUGUUCUUCGAAACCUCCGCUUUGGAUGCUACCAAUGUUGAUGCUGCGUUCCAAACUGUAUUCAGCAAGAUUUAUGAAAUAGUACCAAAGAAGAUCGCCAAUCAAGCCGAUGGCGUGGGUUCCACCGCACCUGGUCAAAACACUAUCAAGCUGAAGCCACCGACUCGCAUGCACGAUGAACACGGUGAAAAGUCGGACGCGGAAGGCAGUUUUUUCAAUGCGAUCAUUAAGAAAUUUGUCAACCUUGUAUCUAUCUGUUUUGUUUCAUUUCCCAACCUUUCAUUAUUUUAUACCUUUUUUUUUUUUAUCCAUUAUUGGUACUUAACCCCCAUUUACGAAUGUUCCGCACUGGCUUAUCAUCCUUUGCGACUAAACGUUACUUGAAUACAAAUGCAAAACCUACACAACUGCAAGAAUACGUUGAAUCCAUGUCUUCCAAUGGCGCAACAUUCCCAAAAAGCAUAUUAGAAAGUCUGCAAGCUGAAACAAGGCAACGUUUUCGAGAUGCUCAUAAAAUGAUCCCUUUGCAUCAAGCCGAAUUCCUGUACAGUUUCACUCGAUUGAUGCGACCAGAAAAUGUGCUCGAGAUUGGCACAUUCACAGGAAUGUCCACAAUUAGCAUAGCGGCAGGUACUCACGGCAGGAUAAUCACAAUUGAACGCGAUUCAGGGGCGCUUAGUAUAGCGAAAUCGUGGCUUGAAAGAGCGGAUAUGGCCA